AUGACUUUAUCUCUAAAGGAGAUCUUUAUAGGAUUUGAAAAACUCUCUCGUGAAAAACCCUUCUUGGCACCGGAUGCACCCCCACCCACACUCUCCCCCUUAUCUCUUCCGACGGCAUGGCCGCCAUCCUCAUUGUGUUUCGCCCUCAAACACUCGUUCCCGCUCUCUCCUUCUCUCAUUCUCUCUGAGUACGGAGAUUUUGUAGAAUCGUGGGAUAUAGAUUUUCGACCAUGUGAGCAAUCUUUCGGGUCUACGCUUGUAUGGGUUCGGAUUUCGGGGCUCCCAAUCUGGUGCUAUCAGGAACAGGCCAUGAUGCGUAUUGCUUCUGCAAUAGGAGUUCCCAUCAAAGUGGACUUAGCCACUAAGUUGGCUGAGAGAGGACGAUAUGCCAGAGUAUGUGUUCAAAUAAAUUUAGGACUGCCAGUGAUCAAGCAUAUCAUUGUGGAAGGCGUAACUCAUGUAGUGGAGUAUGAAAGUUUAAAUUUAAUUUGUAACUCCUGUGCACGUUAUGGUCACAAUAUGGCACAGUGCUUGGGUAGAGACUCUAAGGAAGAAAAGAGUGCUGAUUCCGAUGCCACCAAGCCACGGGACGGUACAAAGGCAAUGCCACAUCCUGAGACCAAAAUUCACAAUUCAAAUGAAGUAGAACCUAAUGUGGUAGGUGGCGUUACUGGCGAGAAUCCUGCAUCGAAUUUGCAAGAGGAUUUGGAGGCUAAUAAUUUGGAAGGAAAUAAUGUUGAGGAGGCUUGCAUGCAUGAUGAACCAGGCUGGGAGCAAGUUGUGAGGAAAGGUAAAACCAAGCUGGGUCAGAAACAAUCUAACAAGGUCCAAAGAGGCAUUCAAUCCAGAACCGAUUCGGGUAAAGUAAUCAGGCCCACCAUUCACUUCUCUCACACGAAUGGAUCCAGCUCCUAUCGUGCUAGGGUCGGGUCACGAGUCAAGGUCGGACACAUCGCUUCCCGUGUUGGUGAGACGUUGAUCUCCUCAACCCGACACACCCCAGUGCCUUGCGGGUCCUCUCUCCGGAAACGACCAAGGCCGGGGUCCCUACAGAGCUCGCCAGUUGAGAAGAAUGGAGGCACGGUGGUGGAAGCAUCAUCAUGCCUUCCUGCAACUGUGAAGGGUGUUCACUGCAAAUGGGUUGAUGUUUUCGAUCAGUGUGUUACAGUUGAGGUUCAGGUAAAUAAUGUGAUUUGGAGGUGCAGUGGUAUCUAUGAUAGUCCUCAAUUUAAUACCAGAGUUCUGCUAUGGGAUUAUCUUGUUACUCAGUCUUCGUCUUUCUGCGGGCCAUGGAUUGUUCUUGGUGAUUUUAAUGAAGUACUAUUCUCUCAUGAAUCUAAGGGUUGCCUCUUCUCAAGUCGUCAUGCAGAUCGGCUUGCUGCCUCUCUAGGGGAUAGUAAUAUGUUUGACUUGAAGACUAUUGGAAGACAGUUUUCUUGGUACAGAAGGGUUAAAAAUGAUGUUGAGGUGGCAAAAAAACUUGACCGGGUUUGUAUCAAUAGUGGCUGGCUAUCUCUCUUUCCAGAGGCUUACGCAGAAAUUUUAAAUAGGCUUCAAUCUGAUCAUUGUCCUAUCCUAGUACGCUGUACAGGUCGUCCCCAACCGAAAAAGAAUAGACCUUUUUGGUUUAUUGCAGCUUGGGCAACUCAUCCGAGGUACAGAGAUAUUGUGAACCAAUCAUGGCAGGCUGGCUACACAGAGAUGCAUGGCAAGCUUUCAGAAGUGCAGAAGAACUCUUUGGAGUUUAAUUCUAAAGUGUUCGGCAACAUUUUCUUUAGGAAAUGCAAAUUGGAGAGACAGAUUAAUUUCCUUCAGAAGCGACUUGAAGUAAUGGAAGAUUUGUCUAUGCGGCAAAAAGAAAAACAGCUGAUUGAGGAAUUUAAUAACACGCUUGUGCAGGAGGAACUUCUAUGGUUUCAAAAAUCCAAAGAGCAGUGGGUAAAAUUUGGGGAUAGAAAUACCAAGUUCUUUCAUGUCCAGACUCUUGUACAGAGAAAGCAUAAUAAGAUUCAUGGUCUCUUUCUUCAAGAUGGGGUGUGGGAAACGGACCCGGAUGUCCUUAGAAGGGAAGCUGAAUCCUUCUAUAAAUGUCUAUUCUGCCAGUCGGAGGAUGUAGACUUAGGUUAUCUUGGUGAUGUUCCGCUGCCUUCCCUGAAUGAUGAAGCCUGUUGUAGCCUCACAGCGCCAGUUACUCUGGAAGAAGUUAAGUCGGCUGUUUUCAGUAUGCAUUCUUUUAAGGCGUCGGGCCCUGAUGGGUUUCAGGCUUUCUUCUUUAAAGAAUACUGGAAGAUUGUUGGUUUUGAGUUUGGACUAUGGUUCGUCAUGCGUUCUCUGGUUUGGAUAUGGAUCCAAGGAUGA